AUGUCAGUUUUGUCGAUAGAAUACAACCGUAUCAUAAUAUUCAAGGAACCCAUACCAGACAGAGUGCUUCCAGAUCACGUGAUUAGAACUGAAAAGGUACUCAAUGAAGGGGGCUGCAGGGUGAAAUGUUUUUUGGAACCAAAAUGCGUGUCUAUUAACGUGGGUCCUGGAGGUGCUCAUACAAGAACAUGCGAACUUAACAAUGCCACUGACGAGAGCCCUUCACUGUCUUCGCUCAAAAAGAAGGAACAUUACAUUCACUUUGCUAUUGAGGUAUGUUAAAACUGGCUUUUGGUUCGUACGUACUGAAUGAUGACGAUAACGAUUCAGGGCAUACAUGUAAUAAUGAUGAUGAUGAUGGUGAUGGUGAUGUUGAUGAUGAUAAUGAUGAUGACCAUAUUGCUAAUGCUGCUGCUGAUAAUGAUGAAUGAUGGUGACAAUAUUGAUGACAAUGAUGGUGAUGGAGGCGAUGAAGAUGAUGAUUAUGGUUUGGAUGAUGAUGAUGAUACUAAUGAUGACAAUAAUGAUGUUGAUAAUGCUGAUGAUAACAGAUGUAUCAUAAUUCAGUUCUUGGUAUUGUUAUUAAUGAUGAUGACGAUAGUUAUGAUUCUGAUGAUGAUGCUAACAAUGUGAUCUUGAAAAUAGUGAUUCCAAGAAGCGAUAUAAAUGAGAUGUGCUGAUAACCAUGGUAAUGGAGAUUGUGACAGAGGUGCUGUAGGAUAUAGACUGUGGAACCCACAUUGCGGAUUAACUAUUGUGAUGUAGUAUAUGACGGAGAACUUGAAAAACAAAUAAUGCACAUCAUAUUUAAGGCUGCAAAUUAAUAAAACAUCUAAUGUGGUAUCUUUUUAACUCAGAACUUUUGCCAAAUGAACGAUGAUCCGUGCCCAGGAGAAAACGAGUUAUGUGAAGUUGGGUUCACAGAAAAACGCUACAGAUGUGUCUGUCGCGAUGGGUUCAAGUUUAUAAACGACCAAUGUACAGGUAAUACGCAGAAGCUAGAUGCAUAAAACAACUCAUACUCUUCGCCAAGAGCCAAGUUUAUAGAGUGUUUUCACUCACGUGGCCAGCAUCUAUGCAAAUUUAUUGGAACAAAAGAAAGCGUUUGCAUAAGAAAAGAGUUCAACUCCCAGAGGAUUGCUUUGGGACACCAACAUGGCCGCCGUGACGUCAUGUAAAAACACUCUAUAGUUCAUUGCGCCCUUGCAAAUAUAGAGUAAUUGCACAUGACGUCACGGCGGCGAUAUUAAUGUUCGAAAACAAUGAAACAGACCCGGUGCUCACUUUAGUGCCCGACUACAAGGUCUCGAUCUUAUACUCGGGCACCGGCACCGUGCCCAAAUUCUAGCGCGGGUACUUAACAAAAGGUGCGUUCACAUUAGGGCCUAGCGAGUAUCGUACUCGGGAACCAGUGCCGGUGAACCAAGUGUGAACGCAGCCUUUAGUCUGUUAAUCAGGCUCAGAGAUUGGCCAUUUUGAGACUGAUUUCGCAAGAGACUGGGUCGGGGUUGUGUCGAACUGCAUUGAGGGAGCGUCUUGGGGGACGAAUUUUUACCCACACUCCUGUGCGAGCUUGAAAAAGUCAAAAGGAAACAUCACUGUUUACAGACAACGAGUGAAACAAAAGAACUUCCCGCUUUUUUUAGAAAAACUAAUGCGCGUGAGUAUCGCUACAGAACUAUUGAAGGGGCGAUAGUGUCCCACAAUGCAAUUGAACACAACAUCGAAACAGACUCUUGGGCAAACUCACAAGUAGCCACUGAUACAAAGUGCAAUGGAUUGACUCUUAUUUUCUGUAGAUCUAAAAAAUAGUUUUUCUACCCCUUUUUUAUAUCGCCAUUCUUGUUCAAUGUUGACAGAUAUUGAUGAAUGCGAUGAGGAAUUGCACGACUGCAAGCUAGGUAUGCCGGGGGGCAUGAAAUGCAUAAAUGAGCCUGGUUCGUUUCGUUGUGAAUGUCUCCCCGGAUUUGUUAAAGAAGGUUCUAUCUGCAAAGGUCAGUAUUUUAAGGGGAAUAUUCUAACAGCUCCAAUGCCUUCUUAAAAAUAAUGACCGAGCGCGUAGGGCGAGGUUAUGAUUGAUUUUUUAAGAAGGGCAUUAUCCGGUUUAGUGGACCUUUCUAUUGUUUUAGAACCACCAGGUCAUUAUUAGGGCCACUGAAAUGGAAGAGUGGGUUAUUAUUCCUAAUAAUGACCUCCUGCUCCACCUGUCUUCCGUGACCUGCUCUUCCAGUUGUUGAAAAUUACAAUCUUUUCAAAACAAUGGAAAGGUACAUUAAACAUAUUCAAUAACCUUUUUAUUAAUUAUUCAUUAUAACUACUCCCAGACUCACAAUGAUAUUACUAUUGAGUAUAAAUUUUUGGCAUCAUUUUUGUUCCUACUUAGUUUAGAGAACCAACGGAUGUUUUGUUUUAAAAGUUACCCUCGCAGAGCGUAACCAUUAACAUGUUUUUGCGUGUUGUUCAGACGUUGACGAAUGUGGGUCCUCCAGCUUCAAUAACUGUUCACUUAACGAGAAAUGUGUGAAUGAACAUGGAUCAUUCCGUUGUGAGUGCAUCGUUAUUGGACAGUGUAAUAAAGGUCAGUGAAUAUCACUAGAGGUCGCUAAUCAGAUAACUUGUAACAAGGCUUUGUGUAACAUGCAUCGUUAUGUUUACUGUGCGUUAUUAGGAAGCUUUAAGCAACCACGAUGACGGCGAAAACGACAACGUCAAAAACCAAUUGUUUUUAUGAGCAAAACAACAGCUUUGCACGUGCAUCACACUUUUUUGGUUCAUUUCUUUGACGUUUUCUGCACGCGUACGAGUACGACGUGAAACCCCUUAAUACGCCUUUUUAUGGAGGACGUAAACAUACGACGACGAAUUUUCCUUUCUCGUUUUGAAACUGGAUAAAGUCCUUAGGAAUUCAACUCUAGGAAAAACUUCCUGCAUUUGACAAAUUGAGCGGGUGCAAAUAGAUGCGAUAAAGUUUAAAAGGACGUAAAUUGAUUUUAUUUUUGGCGACGUUUUCCUUGCCGUCGUCGUCUUCGUUACUUCGGCAUUCUAUUCGGAGAUCACAAACGUUAUGAAGUGUCAACCUUCUUCUCGCCAACUAAACCUGCUUAAUACCUCAAUAAUAAUACCUUUGCCACAGAAAAGAAGUCUUACGAACCCGACAAAAUGGUUUACCUUGUUUGUUUGAUAUUGAUCAGUUUAAUUGUAUCCCAGAAUGCCAUGAUGCUCUCGGUGUAGAAAGCGGUGCCAUCUCUGAUGGGCAAAUGAGUGCUUCUUCGCAGCGGAAUGAAAAUCACGCUGCCUCUCGUGGAAGGCUCUUCGCUAAAGCUGGUUCAGGCAAAAGCGGAUCAUGGUCAGCAAAAUAUAAUAACGUUUCUCAAUGGCUUCAAGUCGAUUUGGGUAAUUCGCACACCAAGGUCACUGCCCUAGCAACACAAGGCAAAAAUAACAACGAUCAGUGGGUAACGAAAUACAAAGUGCAGUAUAGCAGAGAUGGCGUCAGUUUUCAAUAUUUCAUGGAGGAACAAUCCAGCAAAAUAAAGGUAAGAUGGUGUCCAUCCUAGUACGUACAAAUAUGAAAUUUUUAAAUUAAGUGUUACCUACCUACGUACCUACCCAACUACCUACUUACCUACCUACCCACCUACUUACCUAACUACCUACCUACCUACCCACCCACCCACCUACCUACCUAUCUGCCUACCCACCUAUUUACCUACCUACCUACUUACCCACCUACCUACCCACCUACCUACCUACCUGCCUACCUACCUACCUACCCACCUACCUGCCUAGCUAUCCACUCAUUUACCUACCUACCUACUUACCCACCUACCUACCUACCUACCCAAUUACCUACCUACCUACCUACCCACCUACCCACCUACCUACCUACCUACCUACCUACUUACCCACCUACCUACCUACCUACCUACCACCUACCUACCUACCCACCUACCCACAGGGCUCGAAAUUAAAAAAAAUGUCUGGUCGCAAAUUUGCGACUAGUUACGAAAAUUUGGUCGCAACUUUGAAAAUGUUAGUCGCGAAAUUAAUUGAGGCCAUUUAAUCAAGAAAUAAGUAGGCUUUUAAAUGAUUAACGCUUUAAUUUUCAUUCUUUCAACAGCUUUCAUGUCAUUUCGAGACUUAAUAGUACAGAACGUUUAGCGUCUCGGACAACACCAGUUCAUCUAAACGAUCAAGUUGAACCUGCGUUAAGGCACAUAAAUUAGUGUCUGUUAUUUUAGUCAAAGCAAUAGAUUUCCAAAUCAUGAACAGAUAUUACAGCAGGAAACUGCAGUUCUUAAAUGCCUCCAAUCUCUGCAAAAUAGCAAUAACAUUUGUACUAGGCGGACAUCCGACAUGGUUAUAGGUUACGUUACGUAACUAAAUUCCUUUAGUUUUACCUUUUGCAGGUUUUCCACCGAUGACAAAACAAGUAACGAAUUCUUUUAUAUAUUAAGCUUUACAUUUGAAGUAUCAGGGGUGUUACUACAGUGAUUAUUCAAAGAACCCUGAAGGACUGAAUCAUUCAAUACGACGAUACGUGCCGUGCGGACAUUCCGCCAUCUUUGUUUGCUAAACCUUGUUUUCAUGUAUACGUAGAUUCAUCUCGAGGAAGAUUACUUUAUCUUGGUUUUGGCUGCUGACUGAUUAGACGUGAGAAUUCCUCUUGUUUUCUUGAGUAUAUAACUUUCGCUCGGUCGAUUUCUUCGUUUAAAAUGUGACCUUUGAAACAAUUUAAGUCGCUUUCAUCCGACGUAAUUGACUCACUAAAGAAGAACACAUGUGUACUGUGAGGGCCGUAACGCGGGUCAUAAACGCGGGAAAAGUCCUCAGCAUGCUGGCGGGACUGUCAGCGGCAAAUCAAAACGAAAUAUGAGCCUGCAAUGUACAUGUUUACAGAACCCGCUGAAAAUGGCGUACUGUUGAAGGAAUAUCGUUGCGUGUAUGCAUUCCAGGUAAAUUACGGUAAACCUUCAGAUUGUAACAAAAUUAUAAGACGCUACUUCAAUGAAUCUUUUUAUUUCUAAAUUUAUUUAAGCAAAAAUUCAAGUGCUAGUCCUUUUAUUUCGCAUCAGUUAAGGCAAAACCUAGUCACAAAUUUGCGACUACUCUCGUUUUUCUAGGCGCAAAUAAGAAAAAUUAAGUCGCAAAUGCGACCGUAUCGGUCGCAAUUUCGAGCCCUGACCCACCUACCCUCCUACCUUCCUACCUACCACCUACCCACCUACCCACCGACCCACCUACCCUCCUACCUUCCUACCUACCUACCCACCUACCACCUACCUACCUACCCACCUACCCUCCUACCCUCCUACCUUCCUACCUACCUACCUACCCACCUACCACCUACCUACCUACCCACCCACCUACCUACCUACCUACCUACCCACCUACCUACCUACCUACCCACCUACCUACCUACCUACCUACCUACCACCUACCUACCUACCCACCUACCUUCCUACCUACCUACCCACCUACCUACCUACCUACCUACCACCUACCUACCCACUUACCUUCCUACCUACCUACCCACCUACCUACCUACCCACCUACCUUCCUACCUACCUACCUACCUACCACCUACCUACCUACCCACCUACCUAUUCACCUACCCACCUACCUUUAAACCUUGCACGUUUUUCGUCAUUUUAAAAGGAUAGCAACAGGCCAUUUCCGAGUUGCCCCAAGCCUCUGUUCCAAAGCGAGGCCAAGUGCAAAGCCACUGAUAUGAACAUAAUUUUUUAUCCUCAUGCAAAUAAAACUCAUUUUUACACUUAGCCUUAUUUUGAAAGUGAGAGUAUUUGGAACUCCGAAGUGGCCUGUAGCUCUGCUGCGGAAUAAGCUCUUAAUCCAGCAGAUAAGUAUUAGGACAACUAACUGGGCUACCCCCAGUUAGAGAUUUUCCCAGUGGAUAGUGUUAUCCACCUUUUAAACAGCUGAGGCCUGAGUGGAGAGAGAAAUGAGAUAGACAAGGUGGAGUAAAGUGUCUUGUCUAAGAAAACAACGCAAAGGCAAGGCUUGAAUUCCCGAGGGGAAGGGUACUUCCUAUAAUGGCCCAUACGUGGAGGCUCCGCCCGAAAGCAUACCGUUUUCAGGCUUCAGGUAUAUGAAAGGGUAGGAAUUUGGCUAGUUGAAGUACAUAAAAGGGUAUUUGGGUCUGUGAAAGGGCCCAGAAGGGCUAACAGAUGCACUUUAUGGCUUUGAAAAGGUCGUGGAAACUUUCUGGUUUUGUGAUUUAAACAUAUUUAAGUUGCAAAGUUCUAAACUAGGUAUGUGAAAGGGGUACCAUUUCUCAAUAGAAGGUAUUCGAAAGGGGUACCAUUUCUGUCAAAAAUGGUAUAUUAAAGGGUAAAGGUAUUAGCCUCACCGUCUUAAAGUUUGUUUGUUAAUCGUCCAGCACCACGUCUCUACGCUCUUUUUGUAUUCAGUAAUUUUUAUUGAUAAGUGUCGUAUUCAUUACAAGAUGUUUUUCAGCAAGUUUGUCUUCUUUUUUUAAAAUUUUGUUAGGAGUUUGUUGGAAACACAGACCGGAACACUGUGGUCUACCACAAACUCAGUCAUGCCAUGAGGGUACGCUACAUCCGUUUUCGACCAGUAGCCUGGCACCAUCACAUAUCCAUGAGGGUGGAGAUUUAUGGGUGCAAAGGUAAAAUUUGCAUUUUCAUUCCGGUUAUCAAAACACUGACCAACUGCUGCUUGAGGAAGGAUGGAGUGUUGUGAUAAUAACGCCCUUCCCAAUUCAUGUCCAAAACAAAAAACGCAAAGUAAAACAAAUACAGUCAAUGCUUGCCUUGUUUUAGGCCUUAAAAAUAUGUUAUCUUUCAAUUGUUUCCUCCUGAAUAGGGUCAUAAGUAACUCUCGUGGAACACACCAACCCUAAAAAGAAAGAAGUAACCCUUAGGUGGGAGUGGGAACCACAAAAUGGAUUAGAUAGUAUAGAGCUUUACAAUGUAGUGCGUUGCUACUAUUUUAUUUUAGCUUUUCUAGCCCCUGAUGAAGACUAGUUUUGUCUAGUCGAAAUAUUAGGCAAAUAAAUUAAUGUAAAUUACCAACCCUUAGCUGUCCAACCAGCCUUGCCUUCAAUUUUAAGUGAACUUGCUCCAUCAGCCCACAAAUUGUUAACGUUAUCGCCCAGUAAAAUCAUAUUUCAUCGCCCCAUGUAAGGAAAUUUGUAUUACGGAUUCCGGUAAAUGUUUUGCUAGUGGAAUCCUGGACUUUGGAAUCCGGAAUUAGGGCUCAACGAACCUGGAAUCCCACUAACGAUUGGAAUCCCGAAUCCAAAUUCCACUGACAAGAAUCCAGAAUCCUGUACCCGAAAUCCAAAUCCAAUCCAAAAUUUACUGAAUACGCAUUUUAAAUUGAUACAUUUAGAAUGUGCAGAUGAUCUGGGAAUGGAAAACAAUGGUAUUAGCGAUGAUCAAAUCAGUGCCUCUUCAGAGCUGAGUCUCAAUCACAAAGCAAACCAAGGCAGACUUUACUAUACGGCUGACGAAGGGAAAGGGGGAGCCUGGUCAGCUAAAACAACCGAUGGAAAUCCAUGGCUUCAAAUUGAUCUUGGAGGCCUGUACGCUACCGUAACAGCAGUGGCAACGCAAGGCAGACAUGACGAGGAUGAAUGGGUUACGGAAUACAUGUUGCAGUACAGUAACGAGACUUUGAAUUUCCAGCACUACAGGGAACAAGGACAAACUACAUAUAAGGCAUGAGAAAAUAAAUAAAUAAAUAAAUAAAUAUAUAUAUAAACCUAACAAAGAGACCUGAGUGGAGAUGCUCAGUGCUCCGGAGGAUCAUAUGCUCUGCCACUUACCGUAUUUAUUCGAAUAAGCGGCCAACCUUGAAUUAGCGCCCACGUUUAAUAAGCGCCCAUCCUAAAAGCAGAAAAAGUUAAUAAGCGCCCACCCCACCCCACCUCUCUCUCACUCCCACUCAAACUCAAAUAAGCGCCCACCCCCACCCCAGCCCGCCCAAAACUGAAUAAGUACUGAUAAGAGACUUCCCCGAAGAUGGAGUUUUCUUCAAAGUAUUUUUUUGGAAACCUUUCUUUGUUAAACCUGCGCGUUUUGUUAUUGCCAUUUAUUGUUUUGUUGCAAAAUAAACAUACUGCUCUUGCUGAAAAUGUUGAAAAUUUAAUAAGUGCCCAGCCUCGAAUAAGUGCCCACCUUGAAUAAGCGCCCACUCUCAAGGUCCAAAAAUUUAAUAAGCGCCCAGGGCGGUUAAUCGAAUAAAUACGGUAACCAUGUGCUCAAAACCCUAAUCCUUCCCUACCCUCCCCUUUACCUACCGAGCGUCUUUCAUUCGCUUUUCUCGUUGAGAAACUUCCUGAAAUUAUUCAAGAGUACAUCAUCCGUUGAGGGUCUCACAGGAUACUUCAUAAGACUCUUGAAAAUACCCACGUUAGAAUUAUUCUUACCAUUUUCCUAUCCUUCAACUCGUGAGAUCCCUUUACUUUUAAAAUACCUUUAGCCGGCAAGCAAAGCAUCCCUGUAUAGUCCGUUUUCGAUUGUAACCCUCCCCUCAAAUACACACACACCACGAGUCAGUACUAACUCAGGGUUAAGUCCUGAGUCGAGACAAGUGUGCGUUGUAGAGUGAAUAAUAUGUACUCCUGAUAAUCUGUUUAUUUCCUCCGGUUAGAUCUUUACAGGGAAUGAUGAUCGUGAUACCGUAGUUCUUCAUAGCUUGAGUACGCCAUUCAAGGCGCGUUACAUCCGUUUUCUACCAACUGAUUGGCAUGCCAAAAUUUCAAUGAGAGUAGAGCUUUAUGGAUGCAAAGGUAAUUUAGAAGGUACAUAGCUGUACAUGUUUUCAAGUCUGAAAGCAACGGUCCAGUUCAUUUCUUUUUAGGACUGUUGUUGACAGUGACUGACGUUUCGACAACCUGUGCGGUAAUCACCUUCAGAGUCAAAGCGAGUUGUAUCACGUCAGAACUCCUAACCGUUGUUAAUUUAUUUCCGUCACUGACAUUCUCGUUAAAACAGACUCGUGGUAGAAUGAUAACGGCCUUUUUCUCGUCAAGAUGAUACUUAUUCAAGCGUGCGCACUGCUAACCUUUUGACCUCUUCCGCCAUUGGUUUACGUAAAGUCUUAUACUUCAUCGUUAUUGUUAUUAUUUUAAAUUAUAGCGUUCUUAAUUAUAAUUUAAUACUGAAGAUUUUACCGGGCAAGUAUAUGUGUACAGCUGUUCGGAAAAAGUGCACGCGACAAUCCCGAAAGGUAUUGUGGGUGGUGUUUAGUUCACUGUUUUUAAAAGAAAUUUCAAAGAAUGGCACGAGAGGCCAUGGACGUAUGUUUGAAAGUGCUAGUGGAAAGCAACAAAAGUAGGUUCGACAGCUACAGUGUCAGGAACAAGUCAUUGAUCAUAUCCCUUAUUACCUUUCCCGAUUGUCGCGUGCACAGUUUUUGCGACAACCUUUCUCGAAAUAGCUGUAUAUGAAAUGUAUGAAUCGCACCUUGUCGGCAACAUGACUGAUUUACCAUGCGAUUUAAAAAAGAAAAUAAUAAAUUCAUGCUACAAAAUUGUACCUUUUUCAUUUUUUUUUUUUUUUACAUUUCCUUUCAGACUGGAAAAAGAUUAACAAUGAAUCAGUCUGCUACAAAGCUAAAGACUCGCAUGGAAGUUUUCGCAUCACCAAACAGGGACUCAUCCACGCGUUUAAACUUGUUCACCGAAGAGGAUCAUUAAAGUGUGCACAACACAUACCAGCAACCUUUUGGGGCUGCCCACACCGCAAUUAUGGUGUUCAAACACUAUCUACUGUAAUAACAAACGCGAACAAAAGUGUUCUCCCUCUAGCAGAAUACAGAGAUCAUGGCCACUGUGAAAAAUACUCGUAUAAGAUCAAGGGUAUAGAUGUUAACUCGACGGAACUCCUGUUUAACCAUCUUCCGUCUCCAAUAUCCGUGUCCAGUGGACAGGUAUUCAAAAUUUGGUAUACUGAAGCCUUGCUGAAUAAACACAAUUGUUACAAGGAUAAUAGUGGUAAGAUAUGCAUUGACGUUUAUGCGUUGUACGAUUGA